UUACAUUUGUCGAGCAUGGGGGCAAAGAAGCAAGACCCCAAAGCCGGGGCUAAGAAGUCCACUUCAGCUAAACCUAAGAAGGAAGGAGGAGGAAAGGCCAAAAAGAAGAAAUGGUCGAAAGGAAAAGUCCGAGACAAACUGAACAAUUUGGUUUUGUUUGAUAAAGCUACGUAUGAUAAACUUUAUAAGGAAGUUCCCAGUUACAAGCUGAUCACUCCCUCGGUUGUUUCAGAAAGAUUGAAAAUUCGUGGAUCAUUAGCUAAAGUUGCACUUCGGGAAUUACACCAGAAAAAAAUGAUUCGACUGGUAUGUAAACAUCAUACCCAGAUUAUCUACACUAGAGCUACAGGAGUCAAAGACAAAAAAGAAGAGGCUCCAGUCAAACCAACUAAAGGCAAAAAUAAAGAUAAAUAAAUCAUGAUU